GGGUAUCGAUCUCCUCUUUUCUAGGAACUCGCAGCUCAAGUCGAGGUCUCUGGCACGGACAACUUUAAGUUUUAUUUCCUUUCACUAAAUCUCUAUAAAAAGUAUUUGAAUAUCCCUUGCUGUUGCAUAAUGUAAAUGGCCUCCGUCCAAGUCAUUGGUGUCGGCGACAGUGUCGGCUAGUUUAAGAUCCUCUUCGACGAAAAUUGAAUAUGGCAAAACCCAAAGGGCCCUGCCAAUCGGAAAAAGAAGAUAUCGACACGGAUGUAGCGUUGUAUUUGGCAGGAGCUGUGAGGGAAUACUCCAACAAGGCGUAUCUUGCGGAUAUCACUGUAGAAGUGGAAGGGGCAAGCUUUCAAGCCAAUGGCUUCCUUCUUAACGCAUUUUCUGGUUUUUUUCAAGGACUUCUGGCGUCUGGAAUGAAAGAAUCCACUGAAAAACAUGUGAAUAUCAAAGGUCUGUCCAAAGAAACUUUCGAGCUGGUUUUGCAAUUUAUAUGUGAACUUAAAAACGUGGUGAACUCGAACACUUUCCUUGAUUUAUGGCACGCGUCUAACAUGUUGCAGAUUUUACCGUUGAAGGAUAAAUGCGAGGCUUUCAUCAAAGCCAGCAUAAGUGUCAAUAACUGUGUUGAAAUCUACCACAGUGCAGUACUGCAAGAUGUGAAGUCAAUAGAAAAACUUACUUGGAGUUUUAUAUUAACUAAUUUUGAUGCAAUCAAAGACUCACAGGAUUUGGUUUCUCUCAGUGUAGAAGACUUAAAAUCUCUCAUUGAAGACGACAGACUCUGCACAAAAUCAGAAGAUAAUGUGAUCCAAGUGAUACUGGAUUGGACCUCGUAUGUUCCAGUUACUCCCCCUGAUUCUGAGAGUCCGUCUUCCAGACGUGACCCCUCGGUUCAAACCCUGUCCCCAGACAAGAGCGACGAAGAGGGACUGAACACGUUUUACCUGACUCCGAAAACUAACGAUUUUGAGGUUCCCAAAGGCACAGGAGUGUAUGAUCAAGCAGAAACAAAUUCAAACGCUGCCGAACAUACGGAUUUUCAGAAAUCCUAUCCGCGCGCUGAAUUCUUGUAUGACUUGUUGGCAGCGUGUCGUUUGCUCCGUGUGAGUGGCAAGUGCUUGAUGCAUUUACUAAGUAAGAACAAUAUGAUCAAGCAUACAGAAGAAGCAAAAGCACUUGUACUAAAGUCCAUCCAGUGGAAACUAGAUGGCGGCUGUGAGAGUAGUUCUACUGCUUGCACCACUUGGUCUCUUCCAAGGCACAAAGAAAAGGUAGAAACUGUUGUUCUUUGGUUUGAUUCAGGAGAGAUGAAGGGCAUCCGACUCAACCACGACUCUGUUUCAUUUGGGGACAGCGCAGCAGCGCCAGUUACAGCUACUGUUUGGAACGAUCACGUGCUUUGGAUACACACAAACGGCAAUAUUUAUAGCAAGUCUUUGCUGGUUGAGUCCGACGUGGAUUGUGUCGAUGAUUUAUGUAUAACAACAUCUGGUGAGGGGGGCAUGGUAGCUAUGGGCAACAAACUUUACAUCAUAGGUUUUGCUGCAAAGAGUAAUGCCGUUACUCGCGCCUCUCUCUUGCAUAUUGACAUAAUAUCCCUGGAAAACGGUUUAACUCCAGUGCGCAAUGUUUCUGUGGCUGCCAAAGGGUCAAAUAUUGUAAUAUUUGGGAGUGAGGAUACCUAUUUGGAAACUGGCACCACGGUUGUGCAGUGCAUAGACACACUAAACGACAUCUCUUAUCGCAUGGAAGUUGUUGUGGGUUCUUCAAAAGGCCUGACGAUCUUUGAAAACCACGACACCAUCUUUUUCUUGUAUAGAACUGGGGCCUUGUGGAAGCUAAAAGAAAACCCUGAGACUGGGCGACUGGAGACUCGUUACGUCACGAUGCUGUGGGACUUGGAAAAAGCUGUGGUCGGAGCAACAAUAGUGAAGGGAGAACUCUGGGUUUUCGUGGAGGGAUCACAGAGCACGCCCACUUCUUGGCCUGUCAUGGUAGAAGGGGGGUUCAGUGUCGUCAGGAAGUUCCAGGCAAAAGGGCGCCAUUUUUUAAAAGCUAACGUGAGCAAGACUCUACUCUCCCCCCCCCAAACACCACCACCCAGCCCAUAAAAGCUUAAGUCAUGGGUUAGGAGUGACGAGUCAACUCAGCUUUAGGGCAGAUUCUGUACCAUAGCCUAGGCCCUAGAAAAGUAUCUUUCCCCUUUUCUUCAACACUUUCGAUUUCGCUUUGGGUUUGAGUUUUUUGUUUUGUUUCAUUUUCUUUGUUGAAGGACAUGGGGAUAAGAUGGGAGGUUAUUUCAGACAACAGACAAGAAGUUGAGGCGGAACGCUUAUCACACUGUCUUGUUGAUUCGGACAAGUCUUUGACUGCUUUCAUGUUGUCCUCGGGUGCAAUGUCACAUUUUGCUUUAUUGUUUAAUACCUUGCAACAUAGAUUGCACGGGGUUUAGGAGGGUGGUUAUUGCGGGGUGUGUCCUUGAGAAAUUAUACGAUAGUCCUAGCUAAAAAAACAGGACACUGCACAGUGCCGACCAGCAGUGGUAUGUUUGUGAAAUGAAUUGUUCUGUAAUGGUGUACAAUUGUGCAUUUAUGAAUGCCUUUAUAUAUGUAUGUAUGUAUUUAUAAUUAUGCAUUUAUGUAUGUGUGUUUGCCACUGCAACCCAGAUUUCACUUAUGGGAAUCAAUGAAAUGUAAUUCAUUCAUUCAUUCAUUAUAUUUUCAAAAAA